GCCCCCUUCCUUUCUUAUUUUCAACAUCUUCUGUUCUACUGAAUGUACAAGUAAACCUGCCCCUCUAAAGAUCUUUCCAGCUUUCCUGCCACUUUUUCCUCAAACCAGAAUUAUAAAAAUUGCCGUCCCUUUUCUUUCUCCCAGCAGACCAGUACAGAGCUCAGGCGGCGCCAAACUUUCUCCAGGGAAACUGUAUGAGGAGAAGGUUGUGUGGUUUGAGGUCUUGCUUUAAUUAGUCCCUGUUUGUCCUUGGUGAUAUUUUUUCUCUGGAAACUUAUAGUGGGAGGUUUAGCAAGGAGGUGUAGCCCCAGGUUUUACGGAUUCCUUAGAGCUGUUUUUUUUUCCUUAGGAACAUAGCAGUAAUUAAAGCAGCUUGUUUAUGUUGAUGUAACACAUAACUCACCAUUGACUGUGCACUCCUUGGUUCAGGAUAUAUAAAAGCGGGGCAUGGUUUUUCCAGGCUCCAGAGCUGUUUUCAUCGAAGCCUUGUACAAUCCUUAUUUCUCUUGGUACACCCCAAAAAAAUGAUGCCAUUUAUAUCUCAGUAUUUUGGUCACCUGAUUUUAUACACCUUCCCUCAGAGGGAAACUACAGUCUUGAAAGUGUGCUUUGAAAUACAGUUCAUUCUGUGAGGCCACUGCUGAGCUGAUGAGUAAUGAACCCCCAAAGGAACUGGCAGCAAAGAUUUUCUUAAUAUAGACUGAUUACUAAAACACACCGGUAGGCCUGAUAGCAAGAACUUGCGUCUAAUUUUUUCUCUCUGGGGUUGAAGAAGAUUCAGAUGUCAAAGGCUUCGGUAUAAUUGCUGAAGUUUUCCUUGCAAUCAGGACAUGGAGGAACAAAGUUGUUUUUGUGGACUGUGAAAUGAGAUAAUUCAGAACACCGAUGGAAGGAUGAAGAGUGACUUAAGUCCUCCCUCAGCAGUGUGACUGACUGGUCUGAGAAAGGAAGUGGGAUCUGGUUGGUAUAGAAUGGGGAAUGUUAAUGAAAAACAAAAAGCUUGGAAACAGAGCAACCUGUGCCUCUGGAAACAAGAUUCUCAGCGCUCUCAUCUCUCCUCCUUCACCAUGAAGCUGAUGGACAAAUUUCACUCACCGAAAAUCAAGAGAACACCAUCAAAGAAAGGAAAACUAGCCGAUGUGCCUGUGAAAACCCUUGAGAAACCUGUGAACAAAGAGGCCACAGACAAUUUUCUACCAGAGGGCUACCCUCCUCCCUUGGAUCUGGAUCACCAAGCAGUACAAUUUAUGUCCACCAGUGCUGUGGUUCCCAGGUCUCAGAGGCAGAAGAAUCUCAGCUGGCUGGAAGAGAAAGAAAAAGAGGUUGUCAGUGCCUUGCGCUACUUUAAGACCAUUGUGGACAAAAUGGCUAUUGACAAGAAGGUGUUGGAAAUGCUUCCAGGCUCAGCCAGCAAGGUCCUGGAAGCCAUCCUACCACUAGUGCAGACCGACCCUCGCAUUCAGCAGAGCUCGGCCAUCUCCUCUUGCUACAGCCGGGUAUACCAGAGCCUAGCCAAUCUCAUUCGCUGGUCAGAUCAAGUGAUGCUGGAAGGUGUAAACUCAGAAGAUAAAGAGAUGGUGACAGAAGUGAUUAAAGCUGUUCUGGAUGGAGUGAAGGAGCUUGUCAGACUCACAAUAGAGAAGCAGGAGCAUCCAUCCCCAACAAGUCCCGUUAAGCCCAGUUCACCAGCCUGCAAGCCUGACAGCCAACCUGAGCUCCCAUUGACUGAUCGAGAAAUGGAGAUUCUCAACAAGACAACUGGUAUGUCCCAGUCAACAGAGCUGCUGCUUCCUGAUUCCACCGAUGAAGAGGUUGCUCCUCCUAAGCCCCCCCUCCCUGGCAUCCGAGUGGUAGAUAAUAGUCCUCCACCAGCAUUACCGCCCAAAAAGCGACAGUCAGCACCAUCCCCUACCAGAGUGGCCGUGGUAGCACCCAUGAGCCGGGCCACCAGUGGCUCAAGUUUACCUGUUGGAAUCAAUAGACAGGACUUUGAUGUGGACUGUUAUGCACAGAGGAGGCUGUCAGGAGGCAGCCACUCGUACGGCGGGGAGUCCCCUCGCCUCUCCCCAUGCAGCAGCAUCGGUAAGCUGAGCAAGUCUGAUGAGCAGCUGUCCUCCUUGGACCGGGACAGCGGGCAGUGCUCCAGGAAUACAAGCUGUGAAACACUAGAUCACUAUGAUCCUGAUUAUGAAUUUCUUCAGCAAGAUCUCUCCACUGCUGACCAGAUACCUCAGCAAAUAGCGUGUAACCUUAGCCCAUUACCAGAAUCUAUUGGUGAAUCUGGCUCUCCUUUCCAUGGACAUCCUUUCCAGCUCCCACCAGGCAGCUCCCCACAGCCGGAGCUCGGCAACCCCCUGCCCAUGGUGCAUCCUACGGACAUGCCUCCUGCUCUGCCUGAGAAAAAGCGAAGGAGUGCAGCCUCUCAGACCACGGACAGCUCUAGCUGUAGAGUGUCCUAUGAGAGGCACCCCUCCCAAUAUGACAAUAUCACUGAGGAUGAUCUCCAGAACUCAGCCUCCCUCCAGCCAAUACCUUUCACGCCAUUCGCUGCUGUCCUUCCCUUCCAGCAAGGGGGCUCCUCGGCCCCUGUUGAGUUUGUGUCUGAUUUUGCUGCUCCUGAGUCGACAGGUGACCCCGAGAAACCACCCCCGCUACCUGAGAAGAAGAACAAACACAUGCUGGCCUACAUGCAGCUCCUCGAGGACUACUCGGAGCCACAGCCUUCUAUGUUCUACCAGACGCCCCAGAAUGAGCACAUCUACCAGCAGAAAAACAAACUGCUCAUGGAGGUCUACGGCUUCAAUGACUCAUUCACCCAGGAGCUGGCCCCACCCCCUGCCCUGCCCCCCAAGCAAAGGCAGCUGCAGGCCUCCUAUGCUGCCUCUUCCUUCUCUUCUGUCUCCUACUGUGUCCAGCCAACUAAAGUGCCCUUCACGCCUGAGGACACCAGUGCCACUCAGGGCCUCGGUAUGUCCAUCUCUAACUCCUUUCUCAGCCGGCACAGCUCCUUCCCUGUGCACUCGUAUAAAUCUGUGUUUAGGUCCUACUCCCAGGACUUCAUGCAUCACAACCAAGCUUCCGUUCCACCUUUCCUCUCGUCUACCUCCUCUUCCUCUCCACAUUUCCCACCUGUCCACCAGUCUCAGAGCUCUGACCUAGCAGUGCCAACCACAGCCAGCCUGCCUCCCAGCACUGUGGAUGGGCCCAAUUCCUGUUCUCAGGAGAGCAACUUGAAUGGGAAUUCUGUCUACCUUCCUUCUGAAACCUCUUUCACUGAUUCCCUCCAGACGCCUUCGAGUGAAAACGCCAGUGAGGAUGCUGGUGAGGGUGAAUAUGUCAAUCUGUAUUCCUCUGGCCAAAGCAACGGGGAACUCCCUCAUUCUGAAGGAGAAUCACCAGCUACAAAAGAUGGACACCCCAAAGAUUCUUCCUCACAUGGUGGUACCCCUGGAAAAGAAAACAGAGAAGGUGGUGAGAGGCAGCUGAAGUCCCCGGAUGGUUUGGAAUCCACCCAGUCAGAGGAGGAAGUGGACGAGCUCUCCCUGAUUGACCAUAAUGAAAUUAUGGCCAGGUUGACAUUGAAGCAAGAGGGCGAUGAUGGGCCAGAUGUCCGUGGGGGAUCUGGGGACAUAUUGCUGGUUCAUGCAACGGAGACCGACAGGAAAGACUUGGUUUUGUACUGCGAAGCCUUUCUGACAACCUACAGGACGUUUAUCACCCCUGAGGAGCUCAUCAAGAAGCUGCAGUAUAGAUAUGAGAAAUUCUGCCCCUUUCCUGACACAUUUAAGAAGCGAGUCAGCAAGAAUACUUUCUUCGUGCUGGUGCGGGUAGUGGAUGAGCUGUGCCUGGUGGAAUUGACAGAAGAGAUUCUGAAGCUGUUGAUGGAGUUGGUUUUUCGGUUAGUGUGCAGUGGGGAGCUGAGCCUUGCCCGGGUCCUCCGGAAGAAUAUCUUGGACAAAGUGAACCAGAAGAAGAUGCUAAAGUGUGCCAACUCUGACCAGCCCCUGGCUGCGCGAGGAGUGGCUGCCAGGCCCGGGACUCUGCAUGACUUCCACAGCCAUGAGAUCGCCGAGCAGCUGACGCUAUUAGAUGCUGAGCUCUUUUAUAAGAUAGAGAUCCCAGAAGUUUUGCUCUGGGCCAAAGAGCAGAACGAAGAGAAAAGCCCUAAUUUGACACAGUUUACUGAGCACUUUAAUAACAUGUCCUACUGGGUUCGUUCAAUAAUCAUGCUGCAAGAAAAAGCCCAGGACAGAGAACGUCUGCUUCUGAAAUUUAUCAAGAUCAUGAAGCACUUGCGGAAGUUAAAUAAUUUCAACUCCUACCUGGCCAUCCUUUCAGCUUUGGACUCAGCCCCCAUCCGAAGGCUGGAGUGGCAGAAACAAACCUCAGAGGGCCUGGCGGAGUACUGCACUUUGAUUGACAGCUCUUCCUCCUUCCGGGCCUACCGGGCAGCUCUCUCCGAAGUGGAACCUCCCUGUAUCCCAUACCUGGGCCUGAUUCUGCAGGACCUCACCUUUGUUCACCUCGGAAACCCAGACUACAUUGAUGGGAAAGUGAAUUUUUCCAAACGUUGGCAGCAGUUCAACAUCCUGGACAGUAUGAGGUGCUUCCAGCAGGCACAUUAUGAGAUCCGAAGAAAUGAGGACAUCGUGAACUUCUUCAACGAUUUCAGUGACCACCUGGCCGAGGAGGCCCUAUGGGAACUCUCUCUCAAAAUCAAACCCCGGAAUAUAACGAGGCGAAAAACAGACCGGGAAGAGAAAACCUAGGAGGAGGAGCAGCGAGCGAGAUAAUCGCUCAAGAGACACACAGAAGGCAGCUAUAAGACUGGAAUAGACAUUUGAGCCUGUUACUGGACAACUCACCCCAGCGGCAAAAGAGGAUUCUCCACCCCACCGACACCCCUAACCCCCAGGUCUGCGAAUGCCCGAUUCUCAGAGCCAAAUAGCUUGUGCUUGGGCCUCCUGCCCAGUUGGACAGCAGCCCCAGAGCCCCAGGGCCAGCCCUGCCAGCCAGUGCAGGGAAUUCUCCACGUCCACUUCCAUUUCCCCCAGAUGCAGUCAGAACUUCACUCCAUACCUAUAGGGAAGGAACUCCAAGCAGAUCUCGUACAGUCUUUGUGCCUGCUUUGUGACCUGGUAUGUUCCUUUUUGGAUGAACGACGGAUUGUUUUCAAGUCCUGUUUUUACUCUGUGGCAAUGGUCGUCCCAAGCUCAGGCAGCAGAAUGAGGGAGGGGUGCCCCUCCCCACCUUGCGUUUCUUUGGCUUUCCAGAAAGGACAGUAGGGGCAAAGCAGCCUCCACACCUUUGGUGGUUAGGAAGGGUCUGGUUUCUGUGGGGAUUGUCUUUGGAAUGUGUGCACAGGCUGAGGAGAGAAUUAAAGAGAGACUUUCCCAAGUAGUCACAGUCUCCCUAGGCCUGCAGAGGGGCUGCCAUCUAGCCAAGAACUGUGGUAUGUGUGCCAAGGUAUCAUCUCUUUCCCGUUCCCAUACUUGGCUCUUUAAAAGCGGAGGGUGUCAGACACCUCUCUCUUGUCCCUGUACAUGGUCCUGCACCUCCAAAAGGCUGCUGUGGUCUGGGAUUCCCUGGACCCUGGACUUCCUAGUGACAAUACCAGGCCCGGCUUCCUGAGGCAUGGAGUGCUGUUGGAUUAUAAAUCCUACUUUUUAGUUCCCAUCCGUUGCCACCCCCUUCAGGUGCAGGAGCAAAUAUCUGUGAGAAAAGGGAUGCCAGGAUGGGAAAGUCCAAGAAGUUCUGAUCUAAACAACGAGGCCUUGGAGAGGUAGACUUGGUCAGAUGCAGGGGAAGGGGUUAUUUGGUCAGAUGGACAGAAAGGGAAACUCCACUCACUCCCCCAACACCCCCUUAAUACUGUAUCACCGUCCCACACCUCAGAGGCGCCUCUUCACUUACUGAUUCUUAUGGCGCUUCCUUUAAAAGCCAUGCGCAGAGUCAAGGAGAGGGGCUUGGAGUAAGGCAGGGCUUUACCAUUAGAGAAAGAAAUUCUGGAUCAACUUCAGUUCUUGGAGGCUCAUUUUCUGGAAUGAGGGAAGAUUGUCUUGGCUCGCAGAAUCUGAUUGGAGAAGGAGGAAUAGGUAUGAAGGAUGUUUCUCAUAUUCUGUUUCUCUCUUCCCUGAUUUGCUGCCAGCCAGCUUGGUAUCCUUCCAUCUCUGGAGAACCAUAAGCCCCGCUGAUCCCGACUUCUGUUCCCUCAUCUGUUUAGUGCGUGCCUUAAACUUCACCUUCCAUCCUCUCUCCACUUCUCUUACCAUUUCCUUUUUCUGGAAUACUCCAAGGCCUCUUGGGGUGACUCCACUUGGUCUGGUCCCAACAAAGCCUUUCUGCCAGGAUUACGUCAUAUAUUGAAUCAACUUUUUGUCUUUCUUUAGGAAGAAUUCUAUUUCUCAACAAGACUCACUUUAGGUGAGCCCCUUCCCUAUAUAAUAGAGAGGAAGAAGGCAUGGCUUUGGAAAGAGCCAUGGCUGCAGGACGCAGGGUCCCAAACUGGCCAUCUCACACAUCAGGCUUCUCAUCAUCUUUGUGGUUUUUCUUUGAAUCCACAUUAAUACUCCUUCCAUGCUGCUUAUGGAAGACACAGUUGGCUGCAUAAUUUGACAAUCCAGCAAAGACCUUGAGGAAGGGAAUAUGCAGACUUAUUUUAGGAGAAUGUUAGACUCCCUGUGGGGGUGGAGGGGCCAGUAGAGGUGAUGGAAACCCUUUUGGUGAGACAGAACCAAGGGCUUCACCGUGAAGGGAGUAAAAUCUUUCAGCAGUAGCUUCAUGUAAUGUUCCCCCUCCCUGAUGGGACAUGGUCUAGCAGUUGUCUGGGGCCUUUGCUGCUUGCAGCCCCAGUUUUAACAUGAAUGGAACAAAUUCUUAAAAAUUAACAUCUGUUGAUUAUUUAAACAGAUGUGGGAAUUUUGUUUUGUUUAGAGACAACCCGGACGCUUCAUUUUGCCGUCCACAUGGGCCUUUUGGCAUCUUUUGUCAAGAAGUCUUUUUUUUUUUCCUGUAAAUAGAGAGAAGAGAAAAAAGGAAUCUGUGAAAAGUUGGGCAGGUCAAGGGCUGGCCAGCAGCCAAGGGCUGUGGUUCUGAAAGAGUCACUUUAUUAUUUAAAGCGUGCAUUCUAGUUUAGAUGGCUCAUUAACAGUAUUGUUUGUGUGAGUUGUUUCUUUUUGUUCUGUUUUCUUUUUCUAAGUCGUCCUUUCAUUUCAACCUUUUUCCAGCUUCAUUCCCAUACCUGCCUCUGGACCCUUGGCUUUGGGGGGGAAGGGUUGCCCAUGGAAUGUUGGAGUGUGCCUGCAUGUGUGUGCACACAUGCUCAAGUGCUCAUGGGUGCUUGUGAAACAAAUAGGUGCUUAGUGGGGAAGGGGAGGUCCCACCUUUGGGUCCUGGAGUGUAAGGUGACCCCUGGGGUUCAGGAAGGGCUCUAGCCAUCAGUCUCUGUGCUGGCUGGCCCUGGCAUGUUGUUCUGGGGUUUCUUCUUCAAAAAUAAAACCCCAAAUACCGCCCCGCCCCACCCCAGUCAACCCCAGCUACAACUCAUUCUUGUUGCUGGUCUUACUUCCCCAGCACUGAGUGAGGGCUUCCCCUCUCCUCGCCCUCCCAGUCUGGAUGGAACCAUUCAUCUGGGCCUCCCUCUGAGUGGGCAGGGAGGCCCUGCCCCCGUCCUGGCCCAGAUUGUUUUCUUGGAGCACUGUAGGGGGCGGAGGAGGAGGAGAAAGAGGGAAAUGUCUUUGCUCGUGUCUCCAAAUGAACUGGCUGAGACUGCCCAGGAUACAGUCGCUGCAGGGUGACGAGUCAAGCAGGUAGCACCCUGUCCUCCCACCACCUCCUUGUCUUUGCUAUUUGUGGUCUGAGCCGAGUGCCUUGGCGAGCCCAAGAUGGCUCAUCUGAGCUGUCAGAGGUGGAAAGGGAUCCGCUCUAGGUGUCCCUGACCCGUGGCCCAUUGCAUGAAUUCAGAGUGAGGUGCAGUAUUUUUAAUUUAUUGGUGAAGAUUUGGGCCUUCCCUAUACCUCACCGUCAGAGUCCCCCUUCCAGCCUCUACCAUUCUCUAGCUCAGGGCCACAGACCUGGGAUCGCCUUCCAUCUCUCAUUUCUUCCGGAGGGGAGUGCUACCUACUAGGACAGAAAGGCUCAGGGUUCAUUGCCUUUCCAUACAGAAAGGGGGGGUCUCCUCUGCCACCUACGAGUGCCAGGCAGGGGUGGCCCAGGGCCAACGGGGAGCCCAUGUUUGAGCCGGAAGCCCCUUUAGAGCCUCCCUUCUUCACCCCCUGCCCCCCUCCCCCGUGUUACAUUGUACUAUAUAACCCCUACUAACCCAUCCCAAUAGCGACAUCUCCCUGCAGACAUUUCAAAUGUGUAACUUUUAUAUUAAAGAAAAAUAAAUACAGAUGAAAGCCCCCAGCCUAACGAUCAUGUUUACAGUGCAUCAGUGCAUGCAGCCGUGUGUGCGAGAUUAAAGUGACAAUCAAACACA